AUGUCGGAGAGGGAGGUGGAGCUCGUGCACGGAGCGGAGAGCAUCGUGUUCGGGUGGCACGCGGGGAUCGCUCCCUCGGACUUCGCGCGGGAGCUGAAGGCCGCGGUGCGCGCACUCACCGGGUCCGACUGUCUCGCCGGGCUCGACCUCUAUGCGGAGCUCCUCUCCACGCCCGGCUCCGGCGGCGUCGUGGCGCUGCCGGCCGCCGGCGGGGCGCAGCGCAUCACGCCGCGCGACGUCUUCGAGGGCCGAGCCGCCGGGCGCGUCCGCAUCGCCCCCCGGGGCGCGGCCGAAGAGGCCACCGCGCCGCUGUCCGCCGAGGCGGAGCAAGGCCGAGCCGGCCGCGCUGCGCCCUCCGAGCCGCGCCGCGCCCCCGCGCGCCGGAGCUUCGCGAGGAUGGGCGGCAGCCAGCUGUCGUUCAUGAGGCGCAGGGCAGCGACUGCUGGCCUUCCCGCGGCUGCGGGCCAGGCCUUGGGGGCGCCUCGAGCAGCCGCGCGGUCUCGAUGA